CCGUCUGACCCUGCGCUUAAAGGUGCCGCACUCGGGGGUGGCAGAGGAGGCCGUGGGCAGGGACGGUGCCUCUCGGAGCCUUCCCUCGGCGGCCGCUGCCCCCUCGCCCCAGCGCUCCUCUGACCGCUCCCUCAGGGAGAGGUACCGGCGGGCGCCGCAGGGAAGGCGGCCGGCGAAGCGGGGAGCGGCGCCCCGGGUGCCGUGGCUCUCAGUGCCUUAUGGGGAAAGAAGAUUCUCUCUUGGGCAGACUGCUUCCAGCACAGUAUGCGUACUGGAGAUGCAGAAACCACGUAGCAGAAAGCUUUGAGCAGUUGUGAAUUAUCAGUUUCUCCUAACAGCAAUAAAAAGUGAAGCAUGAAGGCAACUGGAUUUAUUUCCCUCUGGACGUUGGUUUCACUGCCUUGUGGCCAGUUAGCAAAUCCUGCAGAACAUGAAGAUGUAGUAAAGCAUGCAAUAAAGCUGCACCGUGGGAAAGGAGCUGUUAUCACUCAGAGAAAGCAGUGGGUGUUGGAGAGCUGCAGGAAACUAUCUGGUCUUCUUCGCCAGAAGAACGUUGUUCUGAACAAACUAAAAAAUGCUAUAAAAGCAGUUGAGAAGGAUGCAGGACUGUCAGAUGAAGAGAAGGUUUUUCAGGUGCAUACCUUUGAAAUUUUCCAAAAGGAGCUAAAUGAAAGUGAAAACUCGGUCUUUCAAGCAAUCCAUGGCCUCCAGAGAGCUCUACAGGGUGAUUACAAAGAUGUUGUAAAUAUGAAAGAAAGCAGUAGACAGAGACUGGAAGCCUUGAGAGAAGCUGCAAUUAAGGAAGAAAUGGAAUACGUUGAACUCUUAGCAGCAGAAAAACAUCAGGCUGAAGCCCUUAAGAACAUGCAGCAUCAAAACAAAAGCCUGUCAAUGCUUGAUGAAAUUCUGGAAGAUGUCAGGAAAGCAGCUGAUAGAUUGGAAGAGGAAAUAGAAGAGCAUGCCUUUGAUGACAACAAAUCUGUAAGAGGUGUAAACUUUGAAGCGGUUUUAAGGGUGGAAGAAGAUGGAGCCAACUCUAAAAGAAAUGCUUCAAAAAGAGAAGUAGAGGAUGACUUAGGUCUUAGUAUGCUUAUUGAUUCCCAGAACAAUCAGUAUAUCCUUACCAAGCCCAGAGAUUCAACCAUUCCUCGAGCUGAUCAUCAUUUCAUAAAGGAUAUUGUGACAAUAGGAAUGUUGUCUUUGCCAUGUGGCUGGCUGUGCACAACAAUAGGAUUGCCAACCAUGUUUGGGUAUAUCAUCUGUGGAGUACUCCUAGGACCAUCAGGACUAAACAGUAUCAAGUCUAUUGUACAGGUGGAGACGUUAGGAGAGUUUGGUGUAUUCUUCACUCUCUUUCUAGUUGGUCUGGAAUUUUCUCCUGAAAGAUUAAGAAAGGUAUGGAAAAUAUCUUUGCAAGGACCCUGCUACAUGACAGUUUUGAUGAUUGCCUUUGGCUUACUAUGGGGACACUUGCUCCAAAUUAGACCAACACAAAGUGUCUUCAUUUCCACUUGCUUAUCUCUGUCAAGCACGCCGUUGGUGUCAAGAUUUCUUGCAGGUAGUGUUCGAGGAGAUAAAGAAGGGGAUAUUGACUACAGCAGCGUACUACUUGGCAUGUUGGUGAUGCAGGACGUACAGCUUGGUUUGUUUAUAGCUGUCAUGCCUACACUUAUUCAAGCAGGAGUGAGCACAUAUUCCAGCAUUUUCAAGGAAAUACUGAGAAUACUGAUACUGAUUGGCCAAAUUCUCUUUUCUCUGGCUGCUGUUUUUCUUAUAUGUCUUGUUAUAAAGACUUACCUCAUAGGACCAUAUUAUCGCAAGCUGCACGCAGAAAGCAAAGGGAAUAAAGAAAUCCUCAUUCUAGGAAUAACUGCGUUCAUCUUCCUUAUGUUAACGAUCACAGAGCUGUUGGAUGUUUCAAUGGAGCUGGGAUGCUUCUUAGCUGGAGCUCUGAUCUCUUCUCAGGGUCACAUGGUUACUGAGGAGAUUAUGUCCUGUAUUGAACCAAUACGUGACUUUCUUGCCAUCAUUUUCUUUGCAUCCAUAGGACUUCAUGUUUUCCCCACAUUUGUAAUAUAUGAACUCACGGUCUUACUAUUCCUUACAUUGUCGGUGGUCAUAAUGAAGUUUGUCUUGGCAGUGCUUGUCCUUUCUCUGAUUCUUCCAAAGACCAGCCAGUAUAUCAAGUGGAUUGUCUCAGCAGGACUGGCACAAGUCAGUGAAUUCUCUUUUGUUCUGGGAAGUAGAGCACGCAGAGCAGGGAUCAUAUCUCGGGAGGUCUACCUUCUUAUCCUGAGUGUGACUACUCUAAGCCUUUUACUUGCCCCUGCCCUGUGGAGAGCUGCGAUUAUGAAAUGUGUUCCAAGACCUGAAAGACGCUCAAGUACUUGAUUCAGAUUUGCACGUGUACAAGAAUACAUCUUCUUGCAAGGAAUAUCUUCAUUGCUCAUUGUAUUUCUAUGCACUCAGAAAACAAGAGGUUUUGAGCCGUCAGUCCUCUUAAUGUGCACUUGGUUAUAAGCCUUACACUGACCUUAAAACAAAAUUCAACAUUAAAAAAUAAUUAUAUAAUUUGAAUUGCACACCUUUUACAAACUUCACUUUCUCUCUGACAGAUUAGAAUCUGCCAGAAUAUUUGUUCCUGAUCCAAUCAAUUAUUCAGAGCAUAAAUAAUUUUUUUUUUAGACCUAGCAUCAUGCAAACUGUGUUGAUUAUUUUCUUGCCUGAAUGUGCCUUUUAAUUUUCAUCCUAUUUUGUUUACUGCUGGUUCAUCACCAGAUUUUGUUUAAAAAGAAAAAAAAAUAUAUUAUGGUGCCUAUGGUAUCUUCUUUCACUAAAUGACUUGAGUCAUUUCCACAUUUAGGAGUUUGAUAUACUAGUAUAAAAUUAAUCACAAAACACACUUCUAACGGUGAGUAAAAGUGUAGUCCUCUACACAAAGAAAAGGUUUAACUGUUUAGCAUCAAACUGUUUUAAGCAGUCAAAUACGUAUGCCAAAUGAUGCAGCCAAUAUUGUAUGAUAUUUCAUUCCAAACUGCAGCAUCUAAUGUAUUUUCUUAAGUGGUAACUUUCAUUUGUGUUUGUUCUUAUAUUUAUUUACAUAUUUGACUAAAAGGUGAUGGUAAGAAAGGGCAUAACUUAAGUUAUAUUUGAAGACUGGUAGUUGUCACCCAUUCUUGUUGCUAACUGCUGUUACAAUAAUUGUUUACUGGGUUUUUUUCUUUGUUUUAAAUCAAAAAUAAAUUUAGUAAAACUGGGAAGUCUAAUUUCAAGCAGAUGUGAAAAACAUCAGUUCUGUAACUUUGGAGGUUGGAUGUUAUUUGACACUAUUCUAGAAUUGAAAUUAUUUUAAGUAAAUUAAUUUGCACAAAACUAGAAAUGGCGGACUGGAUGUGUAUUUGGAACUCCAUGACUUUAUACGUUGCAUUUACAUUGAAUAAAUUGUUAGUCUCUUUAAAAUAUCAUGAUAUUUUAAAAAACAAUGCUUUGAAUGUGAUCUUAAAUGUGUUUUGUUCUUUAAAACAUUAUAUGUAGCGGGAUGAGCCUUGUAAAAGCCCAUUCUUUAAGUGUCAUGGAGAAAGCUUACUCAUAGACUGUAGUCUACUCUGACAAACAAAUAAUCUUGAGGUUCAUCUGUUAAAACCAACACUAUUAAAGAUAUAUUAACUCUUUAGGUCAGUAUUAUACUGUCAUCUGAAAUAACUCUGAUACCCACAAAAUGGUUAGGAAACUGCAUGUUAAGUAGGUUUAAAUUGCCAAUUAAAAUGAAAGCUGUCCUCCAAUUAGUAAAACAAAGCUUUGGAUGGA